GGCGGGGUUAGUAGUACCUCAAAAGCUAACUCUAGCUAGUGCCCUCUUAGACAGCCGAAUACUGAUUUGUGGAUUGGUCGCAGCGAGCGAACGCCAUCUAUUCGGCCAGUCUCGCGCGCGGCCAGCGUCGCUGCACCCUCCUUUGUGUCGCACGCCCAAGCGCCGCUACUAGGCCCCCCCGCGCUCCCGUCGCGGGGACGGUUUUCCUAUCGCGCGCGAGACUGGCGCCGGCGCCGGGGCCCGGGCGCGCCGCGAGGCGCGGUCGGUCCAACGCCUCGCGCGCCGGGGACUCGCGACGCGACAAAGGGGGGGGCGCGGGCGCGCUCUCCCACGCUGCGCCCCCGGGAUCAAACGCUCGCGGCACACGCAGGCCCAUGGCGGAGAAGUCGGUCGAGGAGCUGCGCGAACCCGUGUGUCGCUUUCUUUCUCCCCGUCCCGGGCGGCGCACGCGCGGCCGCCCCGCAGGUACCCGCUGGUGCUGCAGCUGACGGUGCCCGACUCGCCGGAACACCGCGAAUCGGCGCUACUCGAGCUGAGCAAAAAGCGCGAGGCAUUCGCGGACCUCGCGCCGAUCCUGUGGCAUUCGUUCGGGACGAUGGGCACGCUCCUGCAGGAGAUCGUGGCGAUCUACCCGACGCUGAGCCCGCCGAACCUGACGGCGCACGCGAGCAACCGCGUCUGCAACGCGCUAGCGCUGCUCCAGUGCGUUGCGUCGCACCCCGAGACGCGCGGUCUGUUCCUCGCCGCGCACGUGCCCCUCUACCUCUACCCGUUCCUCAACACGGUGAGCAAGAACCGGCCCUUCGAAUACCUGCGAUUAACGUCGCUGGGCGUGGUCGGCGCGCUCGUGAAGAUGGACGACUCGGACGUGAUAAACUUUCUCCUGCAGACGGAGAUCAUCCCGCUCUGCCUGCGCAUCAUGGAGACCGGGUCCGAGCUCAGCAAGACCGUGGCGACCUUCAUCGUCCAGAAGGUGCUGCUCGACGACGUGGGGCUGACGUACGUCUGCGCCACGGCCGAGCGCUUCUACGCCGUCGCCACCGUCCUCGCCAACAUGGUCCAGGCCCUCGCCGAGCAGCCAUCGAUCCGACUGCUCAAGCACAUCGUCCGGUGCUACCUCCGCCUGAGCGACAACCUCCGCGCGCGCGAGGCGCUUCGACAGUGCCUCCCCGACGCGCUCCGCGACCAUACGUUCGCAGCACACAUCAAGGACGACCUCACCGUCCAACGCUGGCUCUCCUCCCUGCUCUACAACAUCUCGGAACAGGCCAUUGCCGACAUGCAGGCGCAGCGGGCCUAGCCGGCCGAGCUGUAUUUUUAUAAUUAUACUAUUGCAUCUG